AUGGCAACUGUGUAUACACUUGUCACUGUGGUUAUGUGUGGAGCCAUCGCCGUACAGGGUCAACUAUCGUGUUCCGACAAGUGUACGAACUGCUCCAUAGGGAACAAGUGCUUAAGCUGCAUUGAUGGUUUCUAUAUCAGUUGGAAUAGUAAGGAUUGUGAGCAGUGUAACAGCUUAAACUGCAGGACAUGUGACACGGUUGGUGUGUGUACAUCCUGUAAGUCAGGAUUCUUUAGUGCAUCAUGUGCUAAUGUCUGUGGACAUGGGUGCAUUAAUGGUACAUGUGAUUGGAACACAGGCCAAUGUCAGUGUAUAGACGGGUUUUAUUCAGUGUAUUGUAAUCAGGCUUGUGGAGAUAAGUGUCAGGAUGUGUGUGAUAAAACGAGUGGCGUGUGCCGGUGUCCAACCGGAUUCUAUGGAAUACAUUGUAACAAUCUGUGUUGGAGUCGGUGUGCUGAAUGUACCAACCAAACGUCCUGCUCUGUGUGUCCAGAUGGAUUUUAUGGAGUAACCUGCAAUGCAUCUUGUAAUACAAAUUGCAGCGAUGGAUCAUGUGACAUACAUACGGGUAAGUGUGAAAAAACAUGCCCUGUCAAGUGUGAAAAUUGUGUAGAUGAAAGCAAUUGCACGAGUUGUGUACGCGGAUAUUAUGGAACAAAAUGUGGACAGACGUGUCCAGUUAAUUGUCAACAAGGUUGUUACCUGAUCACAGGAGAAUGCCACACUUGUGACAAAGGUUGGUAUGGUGUGUACUGUAACAAAAGUUGUUCAAACGAAUGUAGAAAUGGGUGUGAUAAGUUGUCAGGAAAAUGUAAAGAAUGUAAUUCUGGCUAUUAUGGUGAACUCUGUAACGUUACCUGUCCGCUAUGUGAUGGUGAAUGUGUCAAAGAAAACGGUUCGUGCAAUGCAUGUUACCCAGGGAGUUAUGGACUUUAUUGUAAACACACCUGUCCUGCGUAUUGCCUAGAUAAUAUGUGUAAUAAAACAAAUGGUCAUUGCUACCGCUGUAUGCUGGGAUACACUGGUGUACUAUGUAAUGAAACCAUAUGUCCUGCUAAGUGUUUAAGUUGUUUCGGUUUGAAAUGCACUGCUUGCAAGAGCGGUUAUCAUGGUGAUCUAUGUGAAUUAACAUGUAGCGCAAACUGUUCUUUAGACGGUUGCGACAUUGUAAAAGGUACCUGCUUAGCAUGCAACAAUACAGGUUUGUAUGGUCCCACGUGUAAUGAAACAUGUAGCGCCACGUGUCUCAAUAACGUAUGUGAUCCCGGUACGGGUGUGUGUUCACAUGGAUGUGUGGGAAAUCAUUUCGGAGGUAAAUGCCAGAAUGCGUGUUCAAACCACUGUGCAAACACAGGAGAAUGUACGAGCAAUGGAACAUGUACUGGCGGAUGUGUGGGGAAUUAUUUCGGCUCCAAAUGCGAGGAAGCGUGCUCUACUAACUGUCUCAAUGGUUCCGAUGGCAGCGCAUGUUCAAAUAAUGGUGAAUGUCUGAUCGGUUGUGUUAAAGAUUAUUACGGCAAGACAUGUGAAAAUCAGUGUCCAAGAAAGUGUGCACCAGUUUCAACAGGGAGUAGAUGUUCUGAUAAUGGCACGUGUGUUGGAGGCUGCAAUGAUGGAUACAGUGGAUAUAUAUGUGAUAUUCAAAAGACAUCUGUGGAAACGAAUGAUGCUGGAACGUCUCUGGAAACGAAUGACGGACCACCAGUACCAGUAAUCGCUGGCGCUGUAGGCGGAGUUGUGGUGCUAUUAGUGAUUAGUGUGGUGGUAGUGGUUGUGAUCAGGAGGAAGAGGUAA